AUGAAAUCCGCCAUUGUUCUUGCCAGCACCGCCGCUCUGGUCGGUGCCUUGCCCCAGGGCAAGCCCGCCGCCGGCCAGAAGCUUCCGUGGAUCGAGGAUGUCUCGUUUGGCGGCUUAUACUGUGGUUGGUUGCGAGACACCUGGUUCGAACACUCCGAGGAAAACUGUGGCACGCAGACAUUUUGCGAGGAUUUCGACGACCAGCAAAAGAUGAGGGACUAUCUCAAGGCCGAGCCCGAGUUUAAGAGCGCCAAGGAGUGCUUCGCCGCACGGGAGACCAAGCCUGGCUCGACGCCUGACCCUGCCCAGCAACCGAAGACCGAGACGGUUGCCGCUUCCCAGGAAGGGUCUCCCUCCUAA